CUUCAGUGUUUACUGUCUCAUUGACUGUUUGUCGUUGGGAAUGUUGACAAGAUGGAGUUCUUGCUGGGAAAUCCAUACAGUACACCGGUGGGACAGUGCAUUGAAAGGGCCACAGAUGGCUCCCUACAAAGUGAAGACUGGACUUUGAAUAUGGAGAUAUGUGAUCUAAUCAGUGAAACAGAAGAUGGGCCGAAGGAUGCCAUUAGAGCUGUAAAGAAGAGACUUAAUGGGAAUAAGAACUACAGAGAGGUGAUGCUUACACUGACGGUUCUUGAGACAUGUGUAAAGAAUUGUGGGUAUCGGUUCCACUCACUCGUGACCACCCGGGACUUCAUCGAUGGUGUUCUGGUGAAAAUAAUAUCGCCUAAAAACAAUCCACCGGCUCUAGUGCAGGACAAAGUGUUAGCUCUGAUACAGGCUUGGGCAGAUGCCUUCAGGAGUAGUCCAGAUUUGACUGGAGUAGUCCACGUCUAUGAAGAAAUGAAGAGGAAGGGAAUAGAGUUUCCUCAAUCUGACUUGGAGACCUUGUCCCCCAUCCACACACCACAACGGCUACAAACUGCUCCAGAGAUGGACCAGCCGAAAUACAAUGCCCCAGCCCAACCCAAGCCGCAGCCUCACUCUGGCUCAGUUUCUCCCUUCUCUGCCCCUGUGACCCAUACUUCUCCACAGAUGCCCAAUCUGAACAUGUCUGGACCCAUAAACCCUUCCCCUGAUCAGAUUUGCAAGCUGCGCAGUGAGCUGGACAUUGUGCGUGGGAACACUAAGGUGAUGUCUGAAAUGUUGACUGAGAUGGUACCAGGUCAAGAGGAUCCAUCCGAUCAUGAGCUUCUACAGGAGUUGAACAGGACAUGCAGGGCAAUGCAGCAGAGGAUAGUUGAGCUCAUCUCUCGUGUGUCCAAUGAGGAAGUCACAGAGGAGCUCUUGCACGUCAACGAUGACCUCAACAACAUCUUCUUACGAUAUGAGAGAUAUGAGAGGUUCCGAUCUGGCCGGACAUCUCAAGGCGUUAACAACGGGGUCCUGAACGAGGCUACAGAAGAUAACCUGAUUGACCUGGGACCGGGGUCUCCAGCCGUGGUCAGCCCCAGGAUCAUCGCUACUCCUCCGUCUAGCCUGCCUCCUUCCAUAGCUCCAAUUCGCUCUGCCUCUCCAGUAACACUCUCUUCCAGACUAGCUGGUUUGGAUGUCGGUUCAGAUAGUGUCAGUGGCACCUUGAGCUCUCUGACCAGCUGUCAGCCUCAAGAUGACUUUGCCAUGUUUGCCCAGACCAGGACUGGCACCAUUCCUGACCAGAGAAAGAGUGCGCCAUUCGAGGACACAAAGGCUUCAAGUGGAAUGGCUCCGACUUUGGAUGUCAUACAACAAAACACUGGGGCAGCUCUUGACCAGUCCUCUGUCAUGGAUGACAUUGAAGAGUGGCUCUGUACUGAUGUGAAAGGAGAUGAAGGAGAGGAGGGUGUGACAAGUGAAGAGUUUGACAAGUUUUUAGAGGAGAGGGCCAAAGCAGCAGAGAUUGUGCCCACACUGCCGACGCCCCCUAGUGAUGACCUUUCAGCUGCUGCAGGCGCUUCUGUGAGUGCAAGUAAAAAGGUGGGCAGAUCCGAGGACGUGCUCUUUGCUGUGUAGAUAAGUGUCAGUUCCUCUGGGGUUGCUCAGUACUACUCCUGUGUGUGCGGUGGAUUGGCCACCUUGCAGAUCCGUCAGCCUCUCCCUCUCUCUCUUCUGCUUCCUGCUUUUCCAGCACAAUCAACACUAGCACGGCUGCCUCUUGUUGCCUCUGAAGUGAAUUGGAACUGUUUCAUGAUACUAUCCAUAAAAAGAGACAUUUUUCAUAUUGGACAUUUUCAUACACUAGUUUUCAUUCCAUUUGAAAGUGGUGAAUAAGAUCCACCCAUAACUUCUAAAAACAUACCGUUCCAGAUGGGUUCGAGAGGUCGGUGUCUAUUUUUUUAAAUUGAUAUUUGUAGGAUAAAGCAAGGAAAUUCUUGCUGAAGUCUACGGCAAAGUUCAUGGUCAUGUCUAGCUUUGUGUUCCCUGUGGUCCUGCAUGCAACAGUGGAAUAAUCCUAUCUAUCUGUCUUUCCUGAAUUUUUUUCCCCCAAUUUUUUUUUUAAAAGGGAUUUUUAAGUUGGUAUUAUUUAUUAUAAAGUUUCUUCUUAAUACCUCUGAAAAGGUGUACAUCAACGAAAAGCUGAUGGUUGCAGUUCAUGUUCACAUUCAGGAGCAUUUUGACAAAUUUAAAGGAAUAGUUCACCCAGAAAUGAAAAUUCUCUCAUUAUUCACUUCCCCGA